CAAAAGUGAUUCCCUCUCUCCUCGACGACCACAUCUGAGAAGACAUCUCACAUGCACGAAACCUACGACCGACGAUACCACGGCAACUACCUAGCGAAUAAAUCACUUCGUCACAGCUAAUCAGCUUAGUCAAGACAGAACCAAGCAGACUCGACCGUUGACGCCGGUAUCUCUCCACCCCCUUAUCCUCCUCGGCGGCCACUCACGCCAAGGCUCAAUCAGGUAGGCUGUUCUUCUUCUCCUUCACCAAAAUCCGCAUCUCGGCCCUAUGGCACGGCAAAUUUCGACAAGAGCAUGACAACCGGUAUUUUUAUGUAUUAUGAGACGUUAUAAGAUAGACCUUGGAUUCAUUCCUGGGCUCACUUCCAUGCACCCCAUUAGACUGGAUUUGCAUGAGCUCCGGAGAUGAUCUCUGUUGCUUGGCCUGCUUUAGGCACCCUAUGAGAGGUCGUCUACCUCAGGUCCUUCAACCAACUCAGUUUAAACCCAUCUUCCUGCAUGCUUAGGCGCCUUGGGAGGUCUUGCCAACUUACACGAGCUUUCAUAACAAAGUCCAUUGUCUCAUAUACCUAGUAGCUAACAUCAAUCAAGGCACAUCACCUGGACCUCGCCUCCUGACAAGAUACCACUCACAUCUCAUCUCAACUCACAAUGCCUCCCAACAACAACGCGAUACCUCCCAGGAAGGAGGUCACAGGCCAGCCGGCUCUGCCUUUGGCCCGCGUGAAGAAGAUCAUUGGCACAGAUCCAGACAUUGGAAUCUGCUCAAACAACGCGGCUUUCGUAAUCACUCUGGCAACGGAAAUGUUUAUCCAGUACCUCGCCGCCGAGGGCCAUAACAUGGCAAAGGCAGAGCGUAAACCCCGUCGUAACGUUCAAUACAAAGAUUUGUCAACCGCAGUCAACCACCACGACAACCUCGAAUUCCUCGAGGACGUCAUCCCCAAGACGGUCCCCUACAAGCAAAUCAAGGACUCGGCCGCCGCCGCGCGCCUCAACCCCCGGAAAGCUGACCAGGAGCCCAAGAAGCGGCAAUCCACCCUCAAAACAAAGGGUGCCAACGCAGGCGCUUCCAGCAGCAGCAACAGCAACGGUGUCAAUGGCUCAGCCGCCGCUGCCGCCUUGGAUCCAGUCACGGCUGUCAUUCACUCCGACGAUCCCAGCGCCCAGCUGGUCGCCGAGGCUCGUCGUGCGGCUGGGGACGAGGAUGUUGACAUGACGGGAUAGGGAAAGGUCUAGUCCGCUCCUCUUCUCCGACGCUCCCUUAUGGGAGCAGCCGCUCUCACCCCUUUUUUCUUGACUUGAGCUGAGUGGGCAUCUGGAAGCUUGGCAUACUGUCGUUUGCGAUUGUUUGUACGGAAUAGGAGCCCCUUAGUCAAUGAGCUUGGGUCUGAAGAGCCAACAUCAUAAUAGCCAGAACCGCUGCAUUCACCAAUGAGGGGGAAAAGGACAC